AUGGCCUGCACCCCUCUCCUGCUGUCCCUCCUCUCUCUCUGCACAGGCUCCGCGGUCUCCUAUGAACUGACCCAGCCGACUUCAGUGUCAGUGGCCUUGGGACAGACGGCCAAGAUCACCUGCUCGGGGGACCUCCUGGAUGAAAAAUAUAUUCAGUGGUACCAGCAGAAACCAGGCCAGGCCCCUGAGCUGGUCAUUUAUCAAGAUAAGCGGGCCUCAGGGAUCCCUGACCGGUUCUCUGGCUCCAACUCGGGGGACACGGCCACCCUGACCAUCAGCGGGGCCCAGGCCGAGGACGAGGCCGACUAUUACUGUCAGUCAGCUGGUGCUGGCCCAACGGGUUUUGGUCUGAGGCUCAGUCACUGUGUUGUCUUCGGCGGCGGGACCCGGCUCACCGUCCUGAGUCAGCCCAAGUCCGCACCCUCGGUCACUCUGUUCCCGCCCUCCACGGACGAGCUCAACGCCAACAAGGCCACCCUGGUGUGUCUCAUCAGCGACUUCUACCCGGGUAGCGUGACCGUGGCCUGGAAGGCAGACGGCACCCCCGUCACCCGGGGCGUGGAGACCACCCAGGCCUCCAAACAGAGCAACAGCAAGUAUGCGGCCAGCAGCUACCUGACCCUGACGGGCAGCGAAUGGAAAUCUAAAAGCAGUUACAGCUGCGAGGUCACACACGAGGGGAGCACCGUGGCGAAGACAGUGAAGCCCUCAGAGUGCUCCUAG